AUGUCUGGAACGGCCCCUAAAUCCCGCAACAACACAGCUGUCAACAGCAACGAAGCCAGCACUGAGGAGAACAGAAAUGAGGAAAACGCUGAAUUAUCGACAGGAAUGUUUGACAAAAUACGUCAUGACGCAGUGUACAGGAAAAACAUAAUCAGCACAAUAUGUCUUUACUCGUCUUUUGUUGCUAUGAGUUUUGCAAAAGGUCCCGUUGGCCCGUCGUUCCUCGAUCUACAGGCCAUCAGCGGUGUAGGACUUGAGGGCGGCUCGAGUUUUUUCACCACCCUAUAUAUAGGUUAUAUGUUGAGCGCCAUUGUCAGUGGGUAUUUGUUUGAUAAAUUUAAACGAUCGCUUCUGUUGUCCAUCGUCAAGUUUAUACUUGCAUGCACAACCAUUGCCAUACCUUGGUGUUCAUUUUAUUGGCUGAUGAUCACGGCGUUCUUCUUCCUUGGGGCGAUGGUUGGCGCUACCGACGCAAUUGCAAAUGUCGAAGUUCAGCGUAUUUGGGGUAAAAAUGGUAAACCGUUUAUGCAAGGCCUACAGUUUAUGUACUCAUUUGGAAUGUCCGUGGCGCCACUAAUAGCAAUCUUAUUUAUGAACACUCCACCAAAAGUCGAAAUGGAAAAUGCUCUUGAGCAACUCAAUGAAACAUCUCUGGAAAGUAACUCGUUCAUUCGAAAUGAAACUGUAUCACUUACAAAAUCGAUCGUCUCAAGCGAGGAAUGA